UUUUUGUUUCUAUGGAGAAACGCAAUGAGCUGUUUUACUCCUGAUGACGGGGAAAUCCGCCUUCAGUUUUUUGUAUGCUUGGAAAGGAAUCCUUGAUACAUGUCUGCCAGGAAAUAAAAGCAACAAAAGAAAAGAAAUGAGUCGUCAGACUGCCACAGCACUUCCUACAGGUACCUCCAAGUGUACACCGUCCCAAAGGGUACCUGCCUUGACGGGCACCACCGCCUCCAACAAUGACUUGGCCAGCCUGUUCGAGUGUCCCGUCUGUUUUGACUAUGUGCUGCCACCUAUCCUCCAGUGCCAAAGCGGCCAUCUUGUUUGUAGCAACUGUCGCCCCAAGCUCACCUGUUGUCCGACCUGCCGAGGGCCCUUGGGCUCCAUUCGGAAUUUGGCGAUGGAAAAAGUGGCCAACUCCGUACUGUUUCCUUGUAAAUACGCCUCCUCUGGCUGCGAGAUAACAUUGCCGCACACCGAGAAAGCUGACCACGAAGAGCUUUGCGAAUUUAGGCCUUACUCUUGCCCGUGCCCCGGGGCUUCUUGCAAGUGGCAAGGCUCUCUGGAUGCGGUCAUGCCACACCUCAUGCACCAACAUAAAUCAAUAACAACGCUACAGGGAGAAGAUAUUGUUUUCCUUGCUACAGACAUUAAUCUUCCCGGAGCUGUUGACUGGGUUAUGAUGCAGUCUUGUUUUGGCUUUCACUUCAUGUUAGUACUGGAGAAACAGGAAAAAUACGACGGUCACCAGCAGUUCUUUGCAAUCGUACAGUUGAUAGGCACGCGGAAACAAGCUGAAAAUUUUGCUUACCGCCUCGAGCUGAACGGCCAUAGGCGGCGAUUGACUUGGGAAGCCACUCCGCGAUCGAUCCACGAGGGAAUCGCAACGGCCAUCAUGAAUAGUGACUGCUUAGUCUUUGACACCAGCAUCGCACAGCUUUUUGCAGAGAAUGGCAACUUAGGUAUUAAUGUGACAAUUUCAAUGUGCUGAAAACCCAAUCUGACAUUUUCAGGGCCAGUGUCUAAAAAAUAAUAAUAAUAGUAAUCACCUCAAUCCAAUCCGCUGCAUUCAGUUUCGCAGAAACCGUGGUAAACAUCUGACUGCUAGGUGUGAACAAUUGGGAGGGAGAGGCUAGCGUACAUGAAGGUAAAUUAAUGGGAAGACUGUUCAGGCGCAGAUAACAGUUGCAUGUAAUAACACUAAUAUAUUUAAAUGAGUCAGCAGUAAACCACUGAAAAUAUAUAUAUAUAUAUAUAUAUAUAUAUGAGUGCGCGUGUAUAUAUAUAUAUAUAUAUAUGAAUAUAAAAAUAUAUUAUAUUAUAUAUAUAUACCCAAAAUGGGCAUCCUUUUGUAUUAAGAAUUGAUUCUAUGAAAAGUGCUGUAAAAUAAUUCUAAACCUCUUUGUAGAUUAAUUGUACUUUUGAAAAGGAUACCGUUUUGUGUUUCAUUUGUGUUUCUUUUGACUGACAAGCCAUGCAAAGCGGUCUGGGGUUUGACCGCUGUUUCUCCCCUGUUCCUUCCUCUUCUCCCUUGCUUUUUUUUUUCUUCCCAACUCACUACAUAGUAUUGCUGCUGUUCUUGUAUAAAUUUUCUGUGUAUUUGCUAAUUUUUAUUAACUUCUAGUUUUUCAUUAAAUAAAUGAAUUUUCUUUCCUGUGAUUCAGGUUUUAAUUGUUUCCUUUUGGGGUUUUUUUGGAAGGGGACCUUUUGAAAUAACUUAUGGAUGUCAUCUGAGGCACAGCAAAAUUGUUUUUGGCUAAAGGCAGACUUCCAUAUAUUGGUAAUAUUUGGGGGUGCUGUUUGGCCCCUAAGAAUGGUACAGUUAUAACAUACAACUUGAAGAAUAGAGACGCCAUGAGACAAAUUCUAAAAAAGGCUUCUUUUAGAUUGUAGAUAUCAUUACAUUUUGAUUUCAAACUUCAUUUUGAAUAAGUUGUUUCAUAAUGUUCUUUUAAUUUAUUUUAAAUUAGUGGGGAAAUUCAGGCCAAUUUUCAAAAAAAUUGAGAGAUCUUGAAACACUUUGAGGUCAUUCUUGUAUUAAUUAGUUGUGCAAUACAAGAAGGCAUAGUUUACAGUAUUUGUAACUAUAAAUAUAGGCCAUAUUUAUAGUAAGCUGUUUGGUCUUUUUAAAAUUCUGUCAUUAAAAGAAUUUCUGGCAAACUGAAAUCUCUUUAAGUGAUGUUGGCUGUUUUGUUUGGGUUUUUGUUUUGGCAAUAACGGAAUGAAACCAAACUAAAAUGGAAUUAUUCCUUGCAGUUGCACCAUUAAUGCUAGGGUCCUGCAGCCGAAUCCUUUUGUGGCAAGGAUCUUCCUCUAGCAGGCUAUUCUCUGAAUGCUUAUCUGCCUAACUUCCUUUGAGGCAUCUGUAAAUGGGAAUCGACAUCCAGGAGAAAUGUGAGGUGUGUUCUCUCACACAUUUCGUAUUUGUUCCUAGAAGCCAUGCAUAUUAGCACAUAUCGCACCAAUACAUUGUUUUUAAAGUUAUCCAAGGUGAAAAAAAAUCCAGAUGACUAAAAGUAAUCAUCAACGAUUCUUUUAACAGCAAACAAGGUUUUAGGCAAGAGGGGAGGAAGCAAGGAAUGAAUGGGAGAAGCGCUAUUCCCAGUA